AUGGACCCAGCACGCUUUUAUGGCACUGCAAAGCAUGUAAACAUCAUUCCAGGUGAUGGUGACAUUAGUGACGAUGAUGUUGAUUCGGAUUGUGACGAUAAUUCCUACGUUGGAAGUGAACCCACAACAACAAAGCGGCGUUACGUUCGCCAAGAUAAAGAAUAUGUUUACAUACCUUCACCCCAAGCUGUAGAUGUUUAUAACCAGCAUAUGGGAGGAGUGGAUUUACUAGAUUCUAUGCUGGGUUAUUAUAGAAUCCAUUUGCGGUCUCGUCAAUGGUACAAGAGGAUUUUUUUUCACAUGGUGGACAUGACACUUGUCAAUGCUUGGUUGUUAUGGCGCCGAAUCAAUGCUGACUCUUACAUGCCACUUUAUGAUUUCAAACUGGCAGUUUCCGAACAUUUGCGUAAAGCAGGAAAAGCAGUUAUGACCAAGAAACGUGGUCGUCCAUCGAGCAUUCUUGGAACUCCGACAUCCAAGCCGGGGUGGCACUCCCUCCCGUAUUCCUGA